AUUCAGCUGUGUUACCCUUUACAUUAUCUUUGGUGCAUGAAGACAUGCGGAGAAGCUUCUAAUAUCAAAAUUAUUUUUCUUUAUUGCUUUUUGUUAGUAGUUUGCUAAUAAUACAAGUUCAGUAUCUCAGCCAAGGAAUCAGGAGCCACUUCACAAGACUCUUGGCUUUCUGAACACUCUGAUACUUCAUUCCAGUCAUUAACUGAAUCAGUCACAGAUAAUAAAUUUUCUAGUUUCAAAUCAACAAAUCCAUUUCCCUCACCAAUGAGGUGCAGCUUAUAAGAGGCUUGUCUUCUGGCAUCUACAAUACUGCAACGGCCAUAUUUAUCAGCCUGAAAACAUGUUCAAGUCAUGGAGCAAGAAGAACAAAAUCAAAGCUGUGUUCAAACUGGAGUUUCAGGCAACACAGGUGCCAAAGAUGAAAAAGUCUGCACUGAUGGUAUCUUUGGUGCCAGAUGAUGUUGGGAAGCCAACUGUGAAACUAGAGAAAACUGCUGUCCAAGAUGGGACCUGCUUAUGGGAGAAUCCAGUUUUUGAGUCAGUUAAACUCAUUAGAGAUUCAAAAUCAGGAAAGCUCCAUGAGAAAAUCUACCAUUUUGUUGUUUCAACUGGAUCUUCAAAAUCUGGCUUUCUUGGAGAAGCCUCAAUUGAUUUUGCUGAUUUUGUCGCAGAAACUGAACCACUGACUGUUUCUCUACCCCUAAAGUUUGCCAAUUCAGGUGUGGUUUUACAUGUGACUAUUCAGAAUGUGGAAGGAUACACUGCUGAAAGAAAUGGAGAAGAUAAUGGAGCUGAGGGACUUUACAGUGAUGGAAGCUUGAAACACCAGCUGAGCUAUGGAAGUACAGAUCAUGAAAGUUAUAAUGUUGAUGAAAAUGGGCACAUGGGGAAGACCAAAUCUGAGUAUUCAGAACAAGAUGCAUCUAAUGGCAUCAGUCCUGGGGCAGCUCCAUGGGAUUCUUAUAGCUUCAGACAGAAUUCAAUGCCAUCAAGAGGAACUGUUCAGCCCAUUGCAACGGAAACCCAAGUGCGUAAGAGGUCAAACACAAACUGGUCAAUGGGUUCAACAUCAGAUGGAAGUUUAGGUGACUGGACAAACAGCCUGGAAGAUAAUCUUCCAAGAGAAAGAUUACAAGAGCCUUCGGAUAAUGCCACCGAAAGGCUCCAAAGUGAAAUUGCUUCUUUAAAGAGGCAAGCAGAAGUAUCAGAAUUAGAGUUACAAUCACUUCGGAAGCAGAUAGAAAAAGAAAGCAGUCGAGGACAGAAUUUGUCUAGACAAAUAAUCAGCCUCAGAGAGGAGAGAGAUUUGCUCAAAACCAAAUAUGAGCAACUCAAGUCUCAGCAGGACUUCAAUAAUGAGACCAAAACCUCUAAAACCUUCAAGUAUGAGAUUGAAGAUACUAGGCUUCAGUUAGAAGCAAUAAAGGAAGAGCUUAUUUAUGAAAAAGAAUUGAGUGCCAAUCUUCAGUUGCAACUGCAGAAGACACAAAACUCAAACUCUGAACUACUUUUAGCUGUGACAGACCUUGAAGCAAUGCUGGAACAAAAGAAUAAGGAAAUAUUGGAUCUGUCUACCAAUAUAAAAUCCCAGAAGACUACUAAAGAGUUUGAUGGUGGCAUAGAAUUUGAUCUCUUGCGGCAAAAAAUUGCUGACCAGAAGGAUGAAAUAGAUAAUUACUACAAGCAACGUGAAGAGCUAACUGAGCAUAUAAAAGAGCUCACUUUGGAGUAUGAUCUUCUUAAGAAGGAAAAUGUGGAUAUCUCCUUGAGGUUAAAGCAAGAUGAAGCACAACACAUCAUGUUACAAAAUGAACAUUCAGCUUCUUUAGUUACAAUACAACAACUUGAAUCCCAAGUGGAGAGAUUAGAGGAAAAGCUAAAGAUGCAGGAGGAUGAAUUUUCAGAAUCUUUGGUCUUCAUCAAUGAACUUGAAAAUCAAGUCAAGUCUUUGGAAAAAGAACUGAAAAUACAGGCAGAGAAAUUUGAAGAAGAUCUCCAUGCUAUGCAAUGCGCUAAAACUGAGCAGGAAGAAUGGGCAAUCCAAGCAGAAGAGGCCUUGAGAAAGACAAGACACAACAAUGCUGUUGCAUCUGAGCGUUUUCAGGAGGAAUAUAGAAUGCUUUCUGUUGAAAUGGCACAGAAAGUUGAGGAGAAUGAAAAGAUGAUUACGGAAGCAGUUGCAGAAGCUGAUGAAUUGCGGCGCCAGAACAAACUUAUAGAAGAAAUGUUACAUAAAUGCAAUCAAGAGCUCAGGCUUAUUACAGAUCAGAAUGAAUUGAAAAUGCAAGAGCUCUUGAACCAAAUAGAUUCAAAAGCAAAAACAAUAGAACAAAUGUCACAAGAACUAGAAGUUAGGUCUGAACAACUUGAAGAUGCACAAAGGCAUGGGGAUGAAAAGGAUGCUGCAUUUUCAAAGCAAAUUCAAAUGCUCAGAUCUCAAAUUAAGAAUUUGAUGGAAGAGGAGUGCACAUUGUCAAAACCCAAGCUAACUAAGAACCUGACUGAGAUGGUGAGGGCAAAUGCAGAAAUAGUCCAUGAAGGACAACCAAUUAUUACGCCAAAUGAUGAGAUGAUACUAGGCACCCUACUGUCAGAAGUAGAAACCUUUAAGAACCAGCACAAUGAAAUAAAACAGAGUUUGCACAAAGAACAAGUGGAGAAAGAAAAUAUGAAGAAACAGAUAACUCAGUUAGAAGGAGAGCUGAAGAAGAAGGAAGCAGAAUUAAGUACCAUGGAAAAGAAGCUCAAGAAAAACAAAGGACGAGCUGCAGUUACACACAUGAAUUUUACUUCAAGAGACAAUGAGUGCGCAGUGCCUUCUUCUGCUAAGACACAUAUCAAGAAGUCAAAAUCUGAAAUGCCUAAGGUAAUGGAUGCUGCAAGCACUGCUGUUAGCAAGUCUGGAGGAGGAAUAAUUGGCAAGUCAGCCGAGAACAAAGUUUGUCUAGCUCCUGGAAGUGAGGUAAAAACUGGUGCUGUAAAUAAUCAUGAUGGCGAGUGCCAAACAAAUGAAUUGUUGAAUGAAGUUGCAGUCCUAAAGGAAAGGAACAAGACUAUGGAAAGUGAGUUGAAAGAAAUGGAAGAAAGAUAUUCAGAGAUUAGUCUGAAGUUUGCUGAGGUAGAAGGAGAAAGACAACAACUUGUUAUGGCUCUACGCAAUCUCAAGAAUGGUAAGAAGAACUAGAAUUCUUUGAGCGUGUUGUGUCUCAGAAAACACACUAGAGAUGAAGGAGGCAGGCUAUCAUCAUCACCAGAAUGGAGGAACCAAAUUUAACCAGUACUUCGCAUUUCAGUUGUGACCUAUAUCCUGUACAUGUACUAACAGUUUUACCUCAUCCAAAAUUUUCUGGGCCACUUGGUCCAUCCAAUAUUCUUGUCCUAUGAUACAUAAGUUAGCCAGGGGUAAUAUGCUAGAGCCUCAUACAAGGUAUGUAGCCAAUGAUUUAUCAUCAGUUUGGCAUUUUUGGCAUGCAAUGUAAUACAUAAGACCUAUGACGCUCAGAAGAAAUGGUUUUGAUUGAGAGUGUGAACAGAAUAAAGAAAAAAACAGUAUACUGAGUCCAGAAAUAUAUAAGCAACUGUCAGGUUACCUUGGUUAGUGCUUUUCGGAAGCUACAAUUAGAAGUUCCUCCUAUAAUGUUUAAGUUAUUGAAAAACUGGUGUUUGAUAUCAUAUACAGAAAGCUUCUUUUA